CUUGUGAAAAAUCAAAGAGUAUAUUAAGUGGUGAAAGAUAAGGAAAGACACGCCGGCACCAACGGAGAGGCGUGGUGGCAUGUCAGUUUCUUAACUUGCCAUGGCUGUCCCACGCUUUGAACCCUGCAUUUCUCUUCCUUUGGAACCCUCAGUUUUGGAAGAUGUAGUUCCAAAGGCAAAAGACUGGGCUUUAAUGCAUGGGGCUGCGAUGCGGUCCAAAACAAAUUUCAACCCAGAUUCUCUUCAGUUUGCACCAUUUGUUCUUAUACCAUCGGUGUUUCCUAGAAAAGAAUUUGAAAAGGCUGUAGCCAUUCAAGAAGUUCUGAAUGAAUUAGUUCACAAGGUUGCUCAUGAUCGUGACUUUUUAGUAGAAAAUCUGAAAAGUGUAAUAGAAGUUGAUGAAUUUACAAACAAGUUAUUUAAGAUUUAUGAAACAGUGUAUUCAGAAGGCAUAACGCAGCCAAUCGCAUUAGGACUACUCAGGUCAGAUAUAAUGCUGGAGACAUGUUGCGGCGGUGGUGAUUGCAACGAAAAGAAUAAAAAGCCAAAAUUUCAGCCACACUGUUGCUGGAAACAAGUGGAAGUGAAUACCAUUGCAUCAGGCUUUGGGUGGCUCGGUCCUGCAUCAGCUCUCAUCCACAGAAUUUGAGCCUGGGCCUGUUGCGUUCAGACUACCUGCUCCACUGUGCUGCAGAUUGUGCCAUAAAACAGGUUGAAAUAAACAGCAUUGCUUCCAGUUUCGGAGGCAUUAGUUCACACUUAGGGACACUGCAUAGCUAUGUUCUGGCAGAAUUAGGAGCAGGAGAGAAAUUGAAAAAUCUUCCUCCAAAUUCAGCUCUUGAAGGUUUGUGUGGAGGAAUGUUGGAGGCAUGGAAGCUCUAUGGCCAAGAAAAAGCUGUUAUAUUGUUUAUUGUAGAAGAUGUGACCUACAACAUUUGUGAUCAGAGAUUUCAUGAGUUCAAAAUAAGAGAAAUGGCUCCUAAGGUGAAAGUAAUCCGCAAGACAUUAACAGAAAUGUCAGCUCAGGCAAAACUUGGCCAGCAUAAAGAAUUAUUAGUUAAUGGCAUGGAAAUUGCAGUAGUGUACUUUCGGUCAGGUUAUGAACCUAGUCAGUACAAUAGUUCAGAUGACUGGGAUGCUCGAUUGUUGAUUGAACGAUCUCAAGCCAUCAAAUGUCCUACAAUAUAUUAUCAUCUUGCUGGUACAAAAAAGGUUCAACAAGCUCUGGCACAUCCAGGUGCACUAGAAAGAUUUCUGAAUGAUGCAGAUAAAGUGGAAAGUGUUCGUGAUAUUUUCACUGGCCUCUAUGCUCUAGAAUUUAGUGGUGAGAAAGCAGUUGAAAUGGCAAUGAGCAAUCCAGAUAAUUAUGUUUUGAAACCUCAACGUGAGGGUGGUGGAAACAAUGUGUAUGGACAACAAGUGAAAGAAGUAUUGGAAGGAAUGAGAAAUUCACAAGAACGAACAGCGUGGAUUCUCAUGGAAAGGAUUAAACCUCCAGUACAGAAAAGUUAUAUGAUUCGCCCAGGUACAGCCAAUUCUGAAGGGCAAAAAUUGGUACCAGUUGAUGUGGUCUCAGAGCUUGGAAUCUUUGGAGCUGUUAUUGGUGAUGCUAAUAAAAUAAUCUCAAACAAGCAAGUGGGACAUAUGCUACGUACAAAAAUCAGUACUGCUGAUGAAGGAGGUGUAGCAGCUGGUCUCGGAGCUCUUGACAGUCCCUACCUCAUUGACUGAAAAAGAAAACAUGUUUUUGAUGUUUCUCACAUCAUUGUAAAUUUUUUUUUUUUAUAUAUAAGAAAGAUUUUUGAUAUAGAAGACACACUGUGUAUAUUUUUUAUUCAUAUUGGACACAAUAAAGUAAUUUCAAAAAAAUUGACUUUUGUUUGUAGAAUAUACAUAAUGCAAUGAUUGUGGAAAUUUCUCUAUUUGAAUGCUACAAUGCUCAAG